ACGGACGUGAACAGUGAGUUUCCACGUUAGUGUUUUUAUAGUCGAUAUUUAGACGUUUAUUAACACACUGGAAAUCAAAAUAUGACUACUUUAACUGCACAGAAUCACAUACUUAAUUCGCGUUGGAGACAGGGCUUGAUAUUAUCUAGGUAACGAUAGCUAGCUGCUAACAAUGGCUAACUGUAACGUUAUGGUUUUUCACACUCAAAUAGCCUCCAUCAUGGAGGUGCUAGCGAGUGCAGCCGUGGCAGAUGUAUGUAAACUUGUAGACGACGACUAUGCAGUGUUUCGUUUGGAAAUAACUCAAAGCCAGAAAGAAAACAGGGCAUUACGGAGGAAACUACAGCUACUCGAACUGAAGGUGUCACGGGAGCGCGCAGAGAGGAAAAUGCAACAGCGCGUCGUCACCAGUCGUCCCAGAAGUGUCAAGAUUCCCGACCGAUACAAAGAAAUGGCAAGAGGACAUCUCACUGGAGGCCACAGGAGCUUUGUGAAGCCAGUGGGAGACAAUACAUGGACAGAUGACCAACCGAUCACUGUUGAUGAGGGGAGUGGAACCUCAACCCAGCAUGUUAUCGUGAUAGAGUCUGCAGAUUCCAAGGCUGCAGGUCCUGGGGUCAAGCAGGAGAGGACUGAAGGAGAGGACCCACGGCACAGCAGAGACAUCCAGACUGGUGCGGCUGUAGCCAUGGGGGACCCCGACACCACCCCAGCGCAGCCCAGCUCCCGACACAGCAUCACGGAGGUCAGUGGAACACUGAACGCCAUCCUUAGGUCAGAGUCAGAGACUUUAACUGUGACACAAAGGCUUUUACACACAGGAUCUGACGAUAAGUCAGACACAGAGAGACUGGGGAGACUGGGCUGUCCUCCUGCUCCCGGCUCAGAGUAUUUACUUUACGGUAACCGAAGCCUGGUUCAUUCUCAUCGGGACUCAGGUGACACGUUACAAACUGGUAAUGAUCGAUCUUGUUCUUACGCUAUAGAGAUGGAACCUGGCAACAUAUCCUUAGAUUUAGAGACACAUGCUGAUCCGUCUAGAGGGGACUGGAACCGGUACAGUAGUAGUGUAUACUCUGAAGGGUGCCUAGAUAAGAAAGGGGAAGGUCUGGUCGCAGAUGAAGUGACUGUGAAAGUGGAGGGCGACGUUCCUCCCACAUGGAAUGCAGCUUGUGCAGGACUCUCACAGGGCAGAGAUUUCUUAGAUUACAGUUUAGAGACAAAUCUAAAUGUUGUGACCCACUCCCCUUUACACGCGUUUAGGGAUCGUGACCCAGUGUCCACGUCGAUGGCGCCUUCCGAUUUACAAGGCUGUGUCCUUUUCGAUCAGGUAUUGAACUCAAACGACAGGGCUAGAGCCCAGGCUCAGGGAGGAGGAGCCACAUCAGGCAGUAGUAAAGAGAAACGGUUCCUCUGCAUGUUCUGUAACAAAGGCUUCAGCUGCUCCCAGAAGGUAGAGAUCCACCAGAGGGUCCACACAGGGGUGAAACCCUUCAGCUGUACCCAGUGUCACAUGCGCUUUGCCCAGGCUGGCCACCUGAAGAGGCACCAGAGGGUCCACACAGGGGUGAAACCCUUCAGCUGUACUCAGUGUCAAAUGCGCUUCGCUCAGGCUGGUGACCUGAAGAGGCACCAGAGAGUCCACUCAGGGGAGAAACCCUUCAGCUGCCAGAUGUGUGAGAAGAGGUUCUCCCGCCAGCACCAGCUGAAGAUGCACCUGAAGGUCCACACAGGAGAGAGGGCAUUCUCCUAAAGGCAUAUAUAGAUUUGUGUUUAAUAUUUCUGAAUAUUAUAUUGCAUCCAGACAUUGUGUAAUAAGGCAUACAUAUACACACGCAGAAUCAUGUAGUAACCCAAAAAGUGUUAAACAAAUCAAAAUAUAUUUUAUAUUUGAGGUUCUUUAAAGUAGCCACCCUUUGCCUUGAUGACAGCUUUGCACACUCUUGACAUUCUCUUUUGGUUACUUGGUAUUCUCUUUUGGUUAGUACUGUGCAUUCGAAAAAUUUUCAGACCCCUUGACUUUUCCCAAAUUGUUACAUUAUAGCCUUUUUCUAAAAUGGAUCAAAUGUUUUUCCUCAUCAUUCUACACCCAAUACCCCAUAAUGACAAAGCGUAAACAGGUUUUGAAAUUUUUCCAAAUGUAUUACAAUUAAAAAACAUACCUUAUUUACAUAAGUGUUCAGCCCCUUUGCUAUGAAACUCAAAAUUGAGCUCAGGUUUAUCCUGUUUCCAUUGAU